AAAAUGGCGCAAAUUUUUCUGAUUCAUGUUUUGUAGUUUUGUGAAAAUAUUUGUGUAUGGUUGGACUAUUUUUCCUUUGUUAAAACCAAAGGAACAAUUGUAUUUUUGCUUGCUCUGGAAGCUUGAAAUCGUUGAAUGCUUCAGGAAAGGAAGAUUCUUCCAGUGUUUAUUAUCUUCGAAAUAUAAUUAUUGGUUUCGUUCUGAGUUUUUUCUGAAUUUGAGUCGUAUUGGUUAGCCAUACUUUAUCUCAAGUUUAGCAUGUCAGGUUCUAUCGAGAUCGAUAAUGAGUGAAAUGACUGCAAUUGCUACCAUAUCCUUUCUGUGUGGUUAAGAAGGGUUGAAGGUAAACGAGGGAGCUAUGGGAAAGACCAGUUUUGCGUUGGUGACACUUUAUUGUCAUUUCUAGAAUACAAAUAUGACACUGAGAGUUUCAUUCUUUGCGUUUCUCUUUUUAUUAUUCAUCAUGAGUUUUUCUUUGGAGUUGGAUGCAUCAUUUUAGAGUCUUAGUACUGUUUGAAUCCUGAGUCUUAGUCAUAGUCGACUCUGCUACAGCCACUAUGCUUCUAUAUUCACGUUUAUUUUCAUUUUCCUUCGAACAGCAUAUCAGAAGCUAUUUUGUAUGAUGGAACUGCUCGAGAAACCAACUGUAAAGUCUCACAUUUUUAAAGGCUUGCGACACAACUUAUUGUUAAAUGUCAGCCACACAACUGUUUUUCGUUAUUUUCCUCGAUGCCAGCUUCCUUGAUCCAUUCAAGAAACCAAGUUUUUCUAACAUUCUGUCAUGGUGAAUAACCUCGAGUAUUGCUUUUAACAUGUGUUUGCCCUUAUACGUCAGGACUUGCUCAUUAAUACAAAAUUCUGAAGAUUUUUCAAUAUAACAAUUCUAAAGAAU